UGAAAUUCGCGAGCAAACAGAACUAUUCGUCUUUCUCUACCUAGAACUAUCUGCUUGGAAUUUGUUCCGAGGAUACUCGAAACGUAGUCAUCAUCUCGUGGAGGGUUCGUUACGAUCAACUAUUAUGUAUGCGACUGAGGAUGAAAGAGCGUAUCCACCGCGUUAUGUAGACAACAGCCACGACGUUAAUCUCGGGAUUUACCCCUCGGCUUUCAGCCUCCUUCACUACUAUCUGUUCUCGUAUCGCGAUAUUACCUGGUAAUAAUCAUUGGUCUUGUACAUAGAAGAGAACAUCCGCUCGCAUACAACACUGCUAGGCUUCUACUUUCGAUUCUCCCCCGUUUCGUUUCCGUCUCUUUCUUCACGAUGUGCACAUUUUACCGUGCAACUGCAUGGCAUGGUGCGCUCACAAGACAAAGGGUUCGUGCAUCUGGAAGAUGGUUAGGUACUUGCGCUUUCCAGCGCAGUGCUGAUCGCGUGACUUCACGUUAAGGCAGAGAAUCACAGACUGCUUUACGACAGGAGCUUUUUACAUUGUUUGGCGAUCGAUCGAUUUCGAAUAUUAAUUAAUAUUGACUUUCCCGUGGAAGAUAGGGAUCGAGAACCAUCGAUGAGUACACGCUUGAAGAAAAUUGAGCCUUUAGAUAGACCUCGUUUAAUUAAAAUAGAUCGGCUAUAUAUGAAAAGUUUUAAGUGAAGGGUCGGGAAAGUCAUCGAGCCUUCUGAUCACGAUAAAUUCUUUAAUAGAAUUCUCCCCUGAUAAAUAAGUAAAGAAAACCUGCGCGCAAUACGCAUGAGCAUCGUUGAAGCUGGAAAUAAAUAAGGCGGAAGUAAGGAGUAUCUGGAAAUAUACCUAUCGCUCAUAGAACGCUGUGAUUUAUUGUGUUAGCUGUGCCAAUUUCUCGUUUGAGAACAUAGGCAGGGAGCUGUAUUCCAAGAGCUCGUCUCGUGGGAUUGAAAUAUGAAUACGAUUCUAGCAUCACGUGUUUGCGCGUGUAGUAGGAAUUCAGAGGCACGUAUGCGUCAUAUGAAGCAUAAGACACGAACCAAUGAAAUUGACAGCUAAGCAUCGUGUUUCGCCAAUAAAAAAAAUUCUACGAGUUGCAACAUACCGGCAAAUUAAACGAAAGUGGGUGAUUAACCAUCUUAUGUAGCGUAGCUCGAGUCGAAACUUGCCAUCAAAGUUACCUCAAAAUUUAAUAUUUCCUCAAUUAUCGAAAAUAGUCGAAUAUGGUCAAAGGGUAUGAUACCUUGUUAAACGUGAUAGUUCUGUUAAAUUGAAAACUGAAAAAUAAUAAUCAAGGGAAAGAAAAUUACCGUGUCGACGAAGCGAUAUCGAAGCAAAGUAAACCGUUGCUGCCUCUUGAAUCGGUUCGUUCGUUUUAUUUCGCUAGAGUGUCGUCGGCAAAUCUUAUUUAAGGCAGAUUUAUCGCUGGCCCAACCCUGAGAUCGAGCUAUGAUAUUACGCUGGACUCGGAUGCGCUAUUCACAUCGCGACUCUUCGGCUCAAAAAGUGUCAUAACUCAAAAGCCGAGCGCCUCUUCGAGCACUUCCGCCGCUCCAGCACAUCGUGUGCCAAAAUCCAUCCUCUUCUCAUCUCUCUGUCCCGUUUCUCCGUCGACGAGAAUCGUCUCACUCCACGACAGACCAGAUAGAAUUCUGUAGUUUUUGUUAAUAACGUAAGGAUCGCUUACGGAAAUAAAAAAAUUCCCCUGCUUCCUGUGAACGUUAUUUCUUCGAACUCUAAUGCAUUGACCGCGAGUUUUUUACAUAACGAUAUAACCCGUCGAACGUGAGAAUGGUAACUUUUUUGUUCGUGAAUUUCGUCGUUAGUCUUCGAGAUUCGUAGAAGCUGUAUCUCGGAACUUACUCCGCAGAUAGUUUGCCAUACGAAGAAUCUUGAUUAACUCGAAGCUUCUUUAUCCUGGUAUACAUUAAGAAUAGGGAUUUACCUGUAUCUUUGCUGUAGUAAACGGAACUUGAUUUGUGGUUCUAUGUUGACGAUUACGUUGAAACGUGUCGCGAACAGAGCCAUGCUAGUGCGCGUAUUUAAGAGGAUGCAUAAUACGAAAGCACACGGAACCGAUGGAGAAGCAGCUUUCGCAGCGCGACGUUGAGUUACGAUAUAAUCGCAUUUCUAUACAAUCUCGAUGUAAGAUGGAGUUUCAGCCGAAAUGGAGCAUGCGAUCGCGGCAGAGAGCUGUUUCCACGAAGAAAGUCGUAAGGCAAAUUCGUAACGCAAUCUGUAGGAUCUAUCGUGCAUGACGAGCAGGCGAUGCCAUGAUCGAUACGCGUGUGUCGCCUGAUUGAAGAAACAAAUGCCUUUUGCCGGAGUUUCAUUUUUUCGUACUCUUUCCCAACGAAUUCCAUUAGUACGACCGGAUUGGCUAAUGUGCGCUCGAGCGAGCAUCGAGCGACGCUUUUUGCGGCCACGGCCCGCUUGAAUAAUUGUGUUUUGCAACGUCUGCAGCGACAAAGUUCCGGGCAUGGAUCCAAAGAAGAAUUAAGCUGAGGGAAACUUUUAAAGUGGACCUAUAAAAGGAACAAUAUCAUCGGGCCGACCUAUUCAGUUUUCGAACGAUCGCGGAGGAAUCGUAUCGAUCGUUCGAUCUAUUCUAUCUGUUUACCGAAGUAUAGCACGACCAUUCGACAGUGAUAUGGCUUUUAAAAUUUCUUUAACGGCAAUUCUGCUGCUGUUGGUUUUAUUUCACGAGAAAGCCGACGCUGGCGGUCACGCGCACUCUUUUCAACAUUUCCACGGACCCGUGAUAGGCGAUGCUCGAGAGGUGACUUGGAAAGACAAGCACGGUCACCACGAUCAUGAUUACGUGGCACAUCCGCACUACGAGUUCUCAUACGGCGUCGAGGACCAUCAUACUGGCGAUUAUCAUGGCCAAAAGGAGCAUAGAGACGGCAAAGAAGUAGUCGGUGAAUACACAAUAAAAGAGCCCGGCGGAAAUAUUAGAACGGUGAAAUAUCACGCUGGAAAGGAUGGAUUUUUCGCUCACGUUCUUAACAGCAACGAAUCCUUCAGGAAACCACUGCAUCUCCAGAGACAUCGCAGGAAAUCUUCAUUACCGGUAUAGAUAGGAAGAGGAGAAAAUCCGAUGAAAUAGUCGGACGACGGGGCAGAUCGGGGCAGGUGUGGAAGUUUCGAAUCCAACGGGAGAGAGACUGCGUACACGGGUCUUGCAUCAGAGCGUAAUAAAGGCGAUGAGCGUUCUUUCAUCAGGGAAAAAAGUUUUGUCCCGUUUUGCCGCGGGAACUUCCGCGGCGCCAAGAAAAUCUAGUUUGUCCCUGAGUGAAUAUGCAUGGAAUAGGAAAGGGAGAAAAUAUAGAUAUCGUUCUUAAUGCGACGCGCGAAGAUACGUUCACCAAGGUAAGAAGCAGAGGAGAAAAAGGAAAGAAACGAAAGGAAGAACCGCGUUAUCCUUUGUCUUUUGAAAUGGGAAACGCUAUUUUUAUUCGGCUAAAUACAACGGAAACAUCCCACGGCAAAGAAAGGUAAUUUACAAUAUGGCAAGGGGAAGGUUUUAACGUUAUAUACCAGCGAACCAAAUGAAACGAACAGUCGAUUGUAUAUCAUCGGCGUGCGAACCCCUGAAUGAUCAUUGAAUGAGCAAUUAUAUUUCGAGGAGGUGGAACUGGUUUCGAUCAAAGGUACGAUAAUAUUUUACUGAACGACCAAGUUAGAAAAGAGAGAAACCAAGAAUAAUGGAAGAGAAAGAAGAGAUUAACGCGUUUUACGCACGAUCCACCAUUGUUUUAAUUUAAUUUUUACUCGUGCGUCUGUAGAAUCCGCAAGGGAAUACUAGCAAACGUUUUCCUUAUCGUGUUCGUUUUACCCUGUGUAUGGCGUGUUCGUUUUAUCGGUAUUCUUCUAGUUUCAUUACACGUAUAUACAAACAGUCACGUACCAGCGUAAAUACAAUCAGAGUUUUUAAAACCAGAAGUGUGGAAAUAUUGUGUUCCUAGCGUCUGUAUUAGAACGCACAAGCUUUUUCAGUCUCUCCCACCUUUUGUCUUCAAAUUGGCGCGCUCGCGCCGCUGCAGCCGGAAUAUGAGCACUAGACGCGUACAUUUUGCUUAACUUUACACGUUGUUCUCCUCCUGUAUCCUUUCGCUAGGAAGCUCUGUAACUUUGUCGCGCUAAAUGAAAGAGUUCAACGUUUUCUUUUAUCCAAUUUCUUAAUUUUGUUUUUUUUCCGUUUCCAAGUUCUCCCACCUAAUCUAUACUUAGAGCUUUAAUUUUAUUUAUAAUUUGAGCGUAUAACGUGGCAAGGUCUGAUCAAAUUUCUUGUAUCAAAUGUAAAGUUACUGCAUACCGCGUUCAACCGAAACCGUGCACACGGUUAUGCACGCUUGAACGAGGAUAGGUAAGAAAAAAAAAAAAAAUCGAGUUGACCGAUUCGUCGGUUAUUCCAUUAACUUUGGUCAGUGAGCAGUAACGAAGCGGGGCUCGGCAGGGAGUGCAAUGUAAAUUGGCGGUAAAAUAAAAAGAGAGGAAAUUGACCAGGGGGUGGUGGCGAUAGGCAGCGCGCGUAUGGAAUUUCCGGUGGUGUCCUUUGAGCCUUCAGUGGCGGAAUGAGAAGCAAAAAGUGCCGGAAACAGAUGUAUCCGUGCAGUUUUUGCUUUUUCCUCGCCUCCCUCCCUAUCUCUAUCUCUCUCUCUCUCUCUUCCUCUGCCUCUCUUUCUCUCGAUCGAUUCACCAUUUUUCUAUUUUUUCUUUUUCCUUUUUUCGUUUCGAAACACGGUGGCUUCCUAUGGUGAUAUCGAGGGGAUGCACUUGAUCGCUAAAACGCGUAACAUUCUUUGCAUAUAGAUGCGAUAUCUCGCUUUUUCUUUUAUGGUGCACUCAUCUUCAAACAUUCACCUAUAGAUAUACAUGCAGAGUGAUAAAAGCCGAAUUUGAAAAAUUUAUGUUAAAGUAAUACGAUAUAUCUUAUUUCUACUGUUUUUUCAUAGAAAAAUUAUUGACUAUUACUAAUUAUUGACUCGUGAAUUAUCAUCACCGUGUUUCUGAUAAAUAUCUCUUCAAAAGAUAUGUACGAUCUAUAACAACGAAAUUGUUUCGUAGAGUCGUAAAGCUUCGGUGAAAUCCCAGGCCACGAAAAACGAUUGCCUUUCCAAUUAUACAACAUAAUCAACGAUGAUGCAUUAGGCGAUCCAUCGUUCCCAGUAGGAACCAGUUGCGAACGAACUCUCUGUUUGAUUUCAAUCUCUGAAGAAGUAGAACUGAGAAGAUAUUUGCCCGGUAAUCCACAGGGUAAGCGUAUCCACAAAUCUAAUAACGUAAUUGCAUGAUACGAAGAACGAGCUACUGAUAUCCGUUCUUCAAGGCGAACAAAAUAAGGGAAAUAAAUAACACGUCCACGCAAAACUAGCUUUUUGCUAUAUAA